UACAAAUUCCGCUCGUUUUGACAUUGUCAAGGUUACUUACUUAAUUGACAUCAAGCUUAUCGGUCAUUUGUUUGCCAUGUCAGGAAAAAAGGGCGAUGAAACUAACUUCAGUAAACUAGCUGAGAAAGUCGUUAUGGAGCCCUACUGCUACACGUGCAAUACAAAUGGAAAAGGCUUACGUUCUGCAUUGAUGUCAGCGUUCAACUACUGGCUAAAGGUCCCUGAGGAUACUUUGAAGCUCAUAUCAGACGUCAUACAAAUGUUGCACAACGCUAGCUUGAUCAUUGACGAUAUUGAAGAUGGUUCAUAUUUACGACGCGGAAAACCUGCUGCUCAUUGUGUUUUUGGAAUUGCACCUUCUAUCAAUUCUGCAAACUUUGUGUAUUUCCUUGCCUUGGAAAAACUGUCUGUACUGAAUCGUGCUGAGUCAGUUAAAAUCUUUACAGAACAAAUGCUUGAAUUACAUCGAGGACAAGGUAUGGACAUAUAUUGGCGUUCUUCGUUUCGAUGUCCUUCAGAAUCAGAAUACGAAGCUAUGGUUGUCUGUAAAACCGGUGGUUUAUUCGGUUUAGGUGUUCGUUUAAUGCAGCUGUUUUCUGAUGUUCAAACGAAUUAUAAACCACUUUUGGAUUCACUUGGUCUUUUCUAUCAGAUUCGUGAUGAUUAUGCAAAUUUGGUUGACCUAUCUUAUCAUAAUGCGAAAACUUAUGCAGAAGAUUUGACCGAGGGAAAGUUUAGUUAUCCUAUUGUCUGCGCUAUUAACCAUAAUCCAGGUGAUAAUCAAGUAAUGAAUAUCCUGUCACAGCGUACCACAAAUCCAACAUUAAAAGCGUAUUGUGUGAAGCAUAUGCUGGAAUUGGGCGCAUUACACGAGACUGCAUUAAUGUUAGCUAGCCUAGAGGAAAAAUGUCGUCAACUGAUUCUUGAAUAUGGCGGUAAUCCACUAUUGUCAAACUUGAUUGAUAAACUAAGCGACUUACAUCGUACACCUGACGGGCAUUUACGACAUAUUACUGCUGAAGAUCUUCAGUCUCCCUCACAGGAAAAUGCCAACUACAGUCUCAACAGUGAAGCUGGUCGUUCUUCUUGUCAUCAUUAAAUGAAGCAAUAAAGAGUGAUAACAUAAUACUAUGACAAAGGAUACUAAUGCUAAUACUUCAGUAAAUUAUUACAAUUUCACUGAAUAAUAAUAAUAAUAGUAAUCAUAAUAAUAAUGUCUACAUUCUGUUAAAACGAAAGUGGAAGAAUGUGAUUUAACCAAAGUGUAUAUCAACCAAUAUUCUCACACACUCUCUCUCUAAUAUGCCAGUGUCUGUUCAAUUCUUCUCAAAUUUGUGAUGAGGUUCUUCGCCUAUAAGCCAAAUUAUUCUUAACUUUUCUUACUUUAUCCCUAAUGUUAUUUUUGUCUUUCUUUGAGCAAAUACAUUUUUUUGAUUUUGCGAAUAUGUCUUUUCACAUGUGGGCAUAAUAUUUGAUUGUUGUUCUUGCUGGUUGUUGUUGUUGCUAUCGUUGGUCGUAAUGGUGGCGGUGGUAGGGUUUUUUGAAGGAAGAAACCUUUGGGGGAAAUAACCAAUGACUUGGCCGUUUUAUUUUAUUACAUCCUUUGCCAAGCAAACUUGGCAAUGUCGCUGCGUGGGUGAAUUCGG